CAGCAGAUCUUGCGCACUGUCCUGUGGCUGACUACACAGUUGGGUUGCAACCUGCAACCACUACCGCUACAGCGAGGUACAGAAGAAUGGAAAACUCGUUAAGACAACGAAUAGGUCUUCAGAUAACUUGAACCCUAUGUGCCAUACCAGUGGAUGACAGAUCUCUGUGAGGGAGGGAUGGAUGACCUGUGGAGUAUAACGACUUUGUUGCUGCAGGUGUGGUUCUCCGUGAUGAUUGGGCUCAUCAUGAUACCUGCUAUGUUUGGCCUCUCCCUGGGGGUCACUUCGGUCUAUAUUCAGAUUCUGGUCAAGAUAUUGGAGUGGGCCACCCUGCGGAUCCAGAGAGGACACAGGGAUCGACCCACUCUGCCCGUGCCUGCUCCGCUACCCAAUGGACUCAUCCAGAGGGAGGGUGGCUCUAUGGAACAGGAGAUGGGGGAGCUGCGUCGGUAUCGUACCCAGUCCAUAUCGAGGGGAGAGUUUGCGCUGAGCGACUCAUUCUACUUCUACAGAAAGGGCCUGGAGAGCAUCGUGGAUGACCAGGUCACUCAGCGCUUCUCCUCUGAGGAGCUGGUCUCCUGGAACCUCCUGACCCGCACCAACCACAACUUUCACUACAUCAGCCUGCGCCUCACCGUCAUCUGGGGCCUGGGCGUGAUCAUACGUUACUGUGUCCUUUUCCCUCUCAGGAUAACCCUGGCAAUCAUAGGGAUUAGCUGGCUGGUGAUCGGGACAACUUUGGUGGGGUUUCUACCUAACAGGAGAGUGAAGAACUGGCUCAGUGAGUUAGUCCAUCUGAUGUGCUAUAGGAUUUGUGCCAGAGGCCUCUCUGCCACCAUCCAAUACCACAACAAAAAUAAUAAACCACAAAAAGGAGGAAUAUGCGUAGCAAACCACACCUCACCUAUUGACAUUGUCAUUUUGGCCAAUGAUGGAUGCUACGCUAUGGUGGGUCAAAGUCACAGUGGGCUGAUGGGGGUCAUCCAGAGAUCAAUGGUGAGGUCCUGCCCACAUGUGUGGUUUGAGAGGUCGGAGAUGAGAGACCGGCAUGCUGUUACCAGUAGAUUGAGGGCUCAUGUUGCAGCGAAGCGCAAUCUACCCAUUUUGAUUUUCCCAGAGGGAACCUGCAUCAACAACACAUCAGUCAUGAUGUUCAAGAAGGGAAGCUUUGAGAUUGGAGGGACAAUAUACCCAGUUGCAAUCAAGUAUGACCCACGCUUUGGAGAUGCCUUCUGGAACAGUGCCAAGUACAACAUGGUGAGCUACCUACUGAGAAUGAUGACCAGCUGGGCCAUCGUGGUCAAUGUGUGGUACCUGCCCCCAAUGACCAGACAGGAAGGGGAAGAUGCUACCAAGUUUGCCAACCGAGUGAAGUCUGCUAUUGCACAUCAGGGAGGGCUGUUGGACAUGGCGUGGUAACCUAGUGGUUAAAGCGUUGGACCAGUAACUGGAAGGCUGCUGGAUCAAAUCCCCGAGCUGGCAAGGUAAAAACCUGUCGUUCUGCCCCUGAGCAAGGCAGUUAACCCACUGUUCCCUUGGUGCCGAAGACAUGGAUGUCGAUUAUGGCAGCCCCCCGCACCUCUCUGAUUCAGAGGCGUUGGGUUUAAUGCAGAAGUCACAUUUCAGUUGAAUACAUUCAGUUGGACAACUGACUAGGUCUCUCCCAAACUCCCUCUGUCCUCAUCCUCCUCUCUUCUAAAACCUUCUCUGCCAUUCUACUCUCUCCCUAAACCCACUCCAUCCUACUCUCCUUUCUUCUUCCAACCUCUCUGUCCUCUUGCCUGCCCCCUCUCUGCCUCUCCCAUCCCUCUGAACCCCUCUUCCCUGAUAUAGAAACCUCUCUGGCAAUUUUCACCCAAAUACAUUCCACAAACAAUAGUUUUCAGAAUGAGCAUUAACAGGGUUGAUCACACGAAAUGGCCCUUUUAAUUUACAGCGGGAUUCUAUGGAUCACAGGGGGGGCGUAGAUUAAAGCGUUCAAUGAAGCCAGUGAUGAGGUAUUAACCAGCUAGAGCCCCUCGGGUGCCUGGGGGAGCAAGACGCUGGCCAGAGCUCUGCCUGCUGUGUACAGUUAUUCCCCUGUAAUGAAGUGCCUCUAUGUGCCGGCAUGGAGCAGAGGCAGGAAAAAUAGAUUGAAGAUGAUGAGCUCUUCAAAGUCAUUUCUCGCUCUCUCAUUCCACCUCAUGCCCGGCCUGCUCCUCUUGUCCCGAGCUCUCGUCUCCCCAAAAUGCCUGGGAUUUACUUAGCUAGCUGAACAGACCAAUGCAAUUUUUAUGACCUUAUUGCUUUUUUUACCCUGGUAAUAGUUUUGAAUCAAUUUAUCAAUCUGCAGGAACCAUCAGGCAUGUUGCCCUCAAAGAUCAAGUCCAGGUCAUUCCAUCAAUGCACUCAGGUGCACUGAGAUGGAAAGGGAAAGGGUGGAAAAUGUGCCUCCCCCACAGACCCCCAUCUCUGGUGUCACCCAUAUGAGAAUGUGCUUCAAACGGCUUAGCAAACAUGCUCUUACCAGUUUAACCCCUCAUCCCAAACCCCCACAAUCAUGCUGUCUUUAAAAUCAGUUGUAGGUGAGGUUGGGAGCACUGGGAUUUCUUAAUAUCUAUAGCAGCCUGGGACUGGAAAAGAGGAUAGACAAAAUAAGGGACCUUCCCACUCCUUCUACUCUAUGACAGAGCAUCUCUUUCAAUUCUGUUUUUGUAUAAAUAAGAUUUACCGUGAUAUUACUAUAAUCGCACAAAAUAAUAUUGAUUUAAAUUAAUUCCCAUAAAUAUAGAGAAAUAUGAGCACUUUCAUUCAAUUAGGAUUAAUUAUCUGAGGGACUGGCUACUGUACACCAAAUAGUGGUAGCUCAAUAAUGUGAUAAUUGCAAACUAGCUUUGUUUUGCAUGACUCUAGAUUCAUACUCCCUCCCACUGCUUCCAAGAUACACUGAUAUGUUACCUGUGACUAUGAUAUCAUGUCUACUAUUUUGCUUAUUUUAAUGAUAUUUUAAGUUUUUUUUUUAAAGUUAAAAAUACAAUCAUUUUUUUGCAAUAGAUUUUGUUCAGAUUUUUUGCUAAUUCAUUUUGUUGUCCACACAUCUUAUGUCAACUGCAUCUACGAACAUUAACUAGCACAUGAUGGAUAUUUAUAUUUGAAAUAUUUUAUAACUGCUGCAAUAUGUCCUGCAUAAACAAAAACAGUGUGAGCAUGUGUGUAACUGUAGCUAUAUCAUGCAUGUCUCUGUGCCCUCUACAAGUUCUAGAAGUGUGUUCAUACAUUGUUGCGCCUGUUGUAUGUCUCCAUGUGCGUACCUGUGUCCCUGUUUCUCUCUCAGAACCUGUGGAGAGGCUUCUAUAUUUAGCCUAUCCUGUGAAAGCCAUCUGCCCUCCCUGUAUCCCUGUCGUUUUGCCUCCCUCACAAAGGACCCAUACAUCUCAGACCUUCUAGGCAAAUCACACACUAAUGAGCCUCUUUAAGGCUCUUUGAAUUUCUAAUGAAUAACACUGUGCAGGAAAAUAAACACAUUGCUAUUGAUCAUGCCUCAAAGAUUUAGACUAAUUUAAUAAGUGGACCAGAGCUUGGCUGGGGCUUUGGCUGGCCUGUUGUCUGGGCACCCUGUUCCUCACUCCUCAGCCACAGCACGGGGUGCUGCUGUCUCUGUUGUUAAUGUACUGAUCUGAUCAUCAGGCUAGAUGGUUAGAGACCCCAAAUCCCACUGUUCAGGAAGACUCUCUUUGUGGGAAUUGUGAUGUAUAGCUACAGUAUACUAUAAUGUAAACAAAAUAAACCUGCAAGAUUAAA